AUGGAAAAGAUGAGAGCGAGGAAGCUAGUCAAAUCUUGUGCGCGCGGGUGGCGGGUGCUGUGCCCUCAGAUGUGUCGAGGCGGAUUCAGCUCUGACUUGGAGCAGCACCUCUCCAGUCCGCAGCACUCGGACGCAGUGGCUCAGUCUGCUUCCUCUUCCAGCCAAUCGUCUCACAGCCUCCUCGAACGCUUUCUCCACGAUGUCCUCAAGCACCACCCUCACAGUUAUGGGAAAAGUCCCUGUGACCUCAGCAAGUCCAAAGAGCAGCCUCCUCUGGGGCAGCGUGAAGAAACCCCCCUCGCUCAGACAUGGGCCUCAUGGCAACGAGCCAGAAGGGGGCAGCAGAGAGGAGACUUCAGCUCACACCACAGCAGCUCCACCAUCGAACAGGUCAUCAGGCGCUACUGCUACGGCGAGGAAGAUGGCAGCAGCUCCAGCAGUGUGCACUUCAGCCUCCCCGUCUCCAUAGAAACGCAGACAGAGUGGGACUUGGACCUGGAGCAGGAGGACCGUGCUCGGGCUCCUCGGUCUCUUCCGGAGGUGCGGUCGCUGCUGGAGGUGCAGGUGGACGUGGAGGAGGACUACAGCCAGCAGCUACAGUGGCUCCUGGAGGCCCCUGAGAACCGCCGAGGAUUCCUGGAGCUGCCGGUGGAGAGCGUGCUGCCUCUGCCGCGCCUCAUCCUCCCGUCCUUCAGGGGGAAGUCCUGGGCUCAGAUCGAAGAGGAAGACGAGGCCCGGGUGCUCAAGCUGGUCCAGCAGUUUAAGACCGGGGUCCGCACCUGCUACUUCGACUCCGAGUCACUGGCCAGGUACGGCCAGCGCGGCUAUGACCAGACGCCUGCUCUCCUGCCGCUGUGUGAGCCUGACGAAGACCUGGAGCCGAGGAAGAGGAGGAGGAAGAGGAGGUACAACUACAGCAGAGCAGCCAGGUGCCAGGUUGUGAAGUUGAGCAGAGGAACCCAAACACUGCAGGUGUCGUCUGCAGUGGCUUUAGUCCCAGAGACCACCCCCUCUCAGGAGCCUCAGUCCAGGACCCCUGCCACACAGGCCUCAGUCCCAGGGGCCUCAGGACCUGAUCCGCAGUUCCCAGACCAGUACUCUUCAGUGCUCUGCCCUCUUCAGCCGCACACCUCCAUCUUGUACUUACUCUGCUCUCCUCGUGGCCAUGCCUCCAACGCUUCAGACGGAAGUCCGUCUCCACGGCGACGACGACGCCCCACUCGACACCUGAGGUCAAAGGUCACGUACAGACGUCUGCCGCUGGUGCAGUUCACCGUCAAACCUGCGGCAAAGCCUCGAUGUGUGCGGCAGCUGUUCCGGAACCUGAACCCCGAGUUCAACACAGGCCCCGCCCCCAAAGCAGCACCACCCCCUCCCACCCCGAGGAGGGCGGGGCUCCGCAACCGCACCCCCCACACCUGA